AUGCCUUCAAACAGCAGCAGCAGUUCGAAGCAGACGGGGCCCAGGGCGUCGGCGCCGACUAGUCAGCCGUCCUCGGGCUACGACACGCGACACGAGAUCGCCAAAGCUUGGGGCGGGCGCCAGAACUUUCAACACAGUUAUGGAUUGAAGAUGACGCCGGACGACAUUGCGCAAGGAAACGCUAUCCUGGAUUCGAUGGCGAAGAACAACAGAAAGUAG